AUGUUCACCAUCUCACCAGCCACCGACGUCCAGCUGCUUGUGCGAUCAAUCUUUCCUCAGCUGGCGGUACUUCCCUCCUUUGAUCUAUUCAUGAUGCCUGCGCUGACAAGCCAGAUUUUCUGUCACAGUGUAUACCUUUUCACGAAGAACAAGCCUCUUGGAAUCGUCAUAGUCUGCUUCUCGUUCAGUAGUUUCAUAUGUGGCAUGGUCGCGGGUAUACAAUCGGGCAUGCUUGGACAGUUGUGUGGUCUGGUCAGAGUGGCUUUACUUGGGCAGAUCUCGGUUGUCUCUCUGUUAUGGCUCGUGUUCCAGACAACGGCUGAUAUCACUAUCACUGUCUCUCUCUGCUGGACCCUCUGGCACUCCCGUACCGGCUUCCGCAAGACCGACUCUCUCAUCUACCGCGUCAUGCGAGGUGCCAUCCAGACUGGUCUAUUCGUGUCGAUAUUUGCGCUGGGAGACAUGUUCUCGUUCCAUUUCAACCCUUCCACGAACCUUUACGCUAUGUUCGCGUACCCUAUAGGCAGGAUCUACACCAACACUCUGCUGGACACACUACUCUCCCGCCGAGAAAUGAGGUCGAGGAACACAACGACCACUACAAAUGGGCACGACAUCGAGAAUGACUUGCAGACGUCCAUUCGCCUAGGUAACGUCGACGUCAACGUGUCCCACGAAGUUCGCGUCCAGAGGGACUUCGCCGCUGUUUCAAACCGAACCCUCGACGGUUCUGACAGGGAUCUCAAGGAUGGUCGGAGCAGCCCAGACCAGAAGGCCGUGUCAUUCUAA